CUCUUGCUCUUCAGGCUAUGAGAAGUACAACUCGAUGCGAGCGGACGCCGCCCUGUGUUUCUUGGAGAGGGUGGGCAUGCCGGAUGCCAAGGCCAUCGCAGCGGAGCAGAGGAGCUCUGACAUGAUGACAGAUGGUGUGGAUGGUGAGGAUGAGGAUCCUGAGUACAAGCCCCUGCGUAUGCCUUUUAAAGAUGACAUGGAUGACUUCACCAACUCCCCCCUGGAUGACACGGUAGAAGGGGACGCUGAAGCUAAAUCAGGUGAGAAUGGUCAAAGUGGACCUGCUCCGGGCGGAGCUUCGGGCUCCAACGAGCGACUCUAUUGGCCGGCCGCCUCGGCUCUGACUGCCCGUCUGCGCCGCCUCAUCACGGCCUACCAGCGCUCCAACCGCAGGGAGCAGCUCCGCCAGGAGGCCGUCAACCGGCCCGACGGGCGCAGGCGGCGGCGCAGGGACUUCCUGCCUGCCAUCGGCAUGGUUACCGACACAGGAGGAGGGGGGGCAGCCUAUAUCCAAGAUGGAGCAGGGGUGUUCAUGACGGAAGGAAGCCCGUAUAUGGCUAAAGGAAGUGCCUACUUUGCCAAAGGUGGGCAGUUCGUGGCAGAGGCGUCGCCGGUGAUGACUGCCAGCUCCCUGAUGCCUGAUGGAGCCAUGUACUACAAGGAGAGGAGACAAAGAUGGACUCGUCGUGAGGAGGCAGAUUUCUACCGUGUGGUGUCCACCUUCGGGGUCGUCUUUGACACUCAGCGUCAGAAAUUCGACUGGGCUCAGUUCAGGGCCUUUGCUCGACUGGACAAGAAAACAGAUGAGAGCUUGGAGAAAUAUUACUACUCGUUCAUUGCCAUGUGUAAGCGGGUCUGCAGAAUGCAGAACAAGAGUGAAGCGCAACUCCCAGACCCCACCCUGAUCAUCGACCCGAUCACAGAGGAGCGCGCCUCCCGCACCCUGUACCGCAUCGAGCUGCUGCGGCGCAUCCGGGAACAGGUCCUCCCCCACCCGCUGCUCUCUGAGCGCCUCAAGCUCUGCCAGUCCUCCCCUGACCUCCCGGAGUGGUGGGAGAGCGGACGCCAUGACCACGACCUCAUCCUGGGGGCCUCUAAGCACGGAGUCAGUCGCACAGAUUAUCACAUUCUAAACGACCCCACCUUGGCCUUCCUGGAUGCUCACCAGCGUUCCACCAGCCAGAGAGGGGGAGUCAAGGGAGAGAACACCAAAGCGGGGAUGGGAGGACCGGACACUACCGGACUUCUCCUCACCUCUGACGAGCUGGCCAGCGCCGCAGCAGCUGCGACGAUUGCUAUGAAUGCAGCUCAAGAGGAGGAGGAGGAGGAAGAAGAAGGGAAGGAGGAGAAGACGGAGGUCAAAAUGGAAACGGAACAAGGAGACGCUAACAACAUUCCAUGUUUUAAGACUGAAGCUCCUGGGGAGCAGAAGGAAAAUGAGGCAGAGGUCAGAGAAGGGAAAGAUGACAUUGCUGCGUCGCCGAAAGAGGAGGGUAAGUCCCAGACCAAAGUAGAAGAAGAGGAGCAGGAAGAGCUGAAAGAGGAGCCCAGUGCAGAGGGAGAGAAGAGUUCCAAACCAGCAGAGGACGAAGAAGAGGAGGUACCAGAAGAGAAGAAGAGUCUGACUCCUGCUGACUCUCCCACCGCUGAGCUCACAGAACACCCCCCCUCCUCUCCUAAAGCACAACCCCACCACAAAUCUGCAGAGAAAGAGGAGACUGAGGUGAACCCAGAGUCUCCAAAGUCAGCUGACCCAGAGGAGGAAGAGAGGAUGGAUGAAGAUGACAAAUCAGAGAAGUCCUCUCAGGCUGAAGCGAGUGCUGCAUCAGAGCAGAAGAACUUUGAUGAGGAGAGCAUGGCCUCUCUGAGCACGUCUGCCCAGAACGAAACCAGAGAUGGCUUCUGCCCCGACGACCUGCCGGAGACCACAGCACUGCACGCCUUACAAGAGCGCGCCUACGCCUUCUCAUUCUGGCCCAAGGACCGGCUGAUGAUCAACAGGAUGGAUAACAUCUGUGAGACUGUCCUGAAGGGCAAGUGGCCUGUCAACAGACGCCACAUCUUCGACUUCCCCGGCAACCUGUUGCCAGGGCAGGGCUCCGCCCUCCCCACAGCGGCCGCCGCCACAUUGACAGAGAGCCCGCUGCAGAGGCGGAGCCUCGCCGAGCUCACCAUGGCCGUCAUCCACACACCGUACAGCGGGAGCGAGGACAAAACACUGUCGCCACAGUUUCAUGAAGACGCUCUGACCCUGCCUCGCCAGAGGAGGAGGAGGAGGAGGAAGAUUGAGAUCGAGGCGGAGCGAGCCACUAAGAGACGUAACCUGAUGGAGAUGGUGGCUCAGCUGAGAGAGAGCCACUCUGCCACGGACACCCAGAGCCAGGCCAUAGACCUCACCAAGGGUAUGCACCAUCAUCAUAAGGCAGCUCCCUCAUUGGCCGGCUUUCCCAGUGCCCUGGCAACAAGCCCCUCCCUCAAAGCCCAGAUGGAGUUGCUGCUGCAAGCCCCGCCCUCUGCGCACAGAGCCAAUGGUUCACUGGAGGCUGACCUGCCAAUCAUGAGGAGGAGGCGGGGCCGCAGGAAAAAUGUUGAAGGCCUGGAGCUGCUGUUCAUGGGCAACAAGAGAGCAGGAGGGGAUGAUGCUGAUGGGACGAAGGCUUCAGGUGUGGAGGGGCUUCAGGAUGCUGCUCGUGCCCACAGACCCGUCCCAGAGCAGAGCCCCAGUGCCAGGUCUCUGGCCUCUGGCAGUAUGGAGGAGGAGGAGGCUGCCGUGUCCAACAAAGAGCUGGGGGAGUGGCUGAGGCAGCACCCCACCUACACCAUGGACAUGGCUGCUUUCACACCAAAGAGCGAGGAUGUACUGCUGUCUCAGUUUUCUAAGCCCAAGCAGAAACGCCAUCGCUGUCGAAACCCAAACAAGAUCGACAUAAACACCCUGACUGGAGAGGAGAGGGUGCCUGUGGUGAACAGACGCAACGGACGCAAGAUGGGUGGGGCCAUGGCUCCACCAAUGAAGGAGCUUCCCCGAUGGUUACUGGAGAACACAGAGUAUUCCAUCGCCCCUGAUUGGACCGAUAUAGUGAAACAGUCGGGUUUCCUCCCAGAAGCCAUGUUUGACCGUCUCCUGACCGGCCCUGUGGUCAGAGAGGAGGGCGUCCGCCGCAGAGGAAGAAGACCCAAAUCUGAGAUCGCCAAGGCAGCCGCUCAGGCUUCAGCAGCAGCUCAGGCUGCACAGGUCUCUCUGCUGUCUGCUGCCUCAUCUGCAGGAGGCAUCAACCCUCUGCUGCUGAGCAGUCUGUUCGGGGGCAUGGACCUGUCCUCCCUGCAGAGCCUGCAGUCUCUUCAGCUGGCUGCCGGGCUGAUGGGCUUCCCCCACCCCUCGGACCCCAAGCAGGCGGCUGCCAGCGCCGCUGCCUCCAUGCUGCCCCUAAUGCUGCCCGGGAUGGGGGGCCUGCCCAAUAUGGCCGCCCUCCCCAACAUGUUCAGCCUGAGCGGGCUGUUUGGCGGGAACCUUGCCACGGUGGCAGCUGCCGCCGCUGCAUCCAGCCCCCGCGCUGCGACGUCCCAGAACAGCAACGGAACCAUGCAGUGUGAGGGGGGGGACGGAGAGGGGGAAGACUAUGACGAGGAGGAGGCAGUGGAGGAGGUGGAGGCUAAUAGUGAGAGAGCCGCGAAGAAGGCGAGGAAGAGGAGGAGGCGGGAGCAGGCAGGAAGUGAUGUCACUGCUCAGACCCUCGCUGCUGACUCGUCAGUGGCCUCCAUCAACGGGGACGCCGCCGCCUUGCUUGCUGCAGCGGGCAUGUCGGCCAGCUCUCUGGCCUUCAACCCCUUCCUGCUGUCCACCAUGGCCCCCGGCCUGCUCUACCCCUCCAUGUUCCUGCCUCCAGGCCUGGGGGGGCUCAGCCUCCCGGGCUUCCCCUCCGCCUCCACCCUGGCCGAGCUGCAGAGCGCCAUGGCCGGAGCUCUGGGGGGCAACGCCCUGACCACAACCCUCCCCAGUAACCAGGAGAGGAAGGGGGAGCUUAAAGCUACAGCAGAGGAGGAGGAGGAGGAAGACAGUGACUUGGCUGAGGAGAAAGACGGAGCGGAGGAGGAGGAUGAGCUGAGAGAAGAUUCAGCGCUGGAGGAUGUAGGGAUGGGGGAGGAAGAGGAGGAGGAGGAGGAAGUGGAGGAGGUGAGGGAGGCGGCAGGAGCGUCUCCACUGAAGGACAACAGUGACUGAAUAACACAGUGAACCCCCCCUCCCCCUACCACGUUUACACGCCUCCACCAGAAAUAUCCAAACUGUUAUGAAUCCUGUUUUUUUCUUUACAUUGUUGUUGAUGAUUUCUCACUGUUAUUAUUUUGACCAGGUGUAUGACUAUGCGUCAGAGAGUGUGGUGUGCGUGUGUUAAGUUAAACCUCUCUGAUGGAUCAUCAGGGAAAACCCUUCAGACCCUUCUCUGCCCUCAGACUUCCCAUGUUCCAGCAGAGCUAUGAUUCUUAAUUAUUAUAUUAGUAUCGCUGCUGCUCUCAGACUUCACUGGUCGUUUUGCUUCCUUUAACGCCUGGACUGUUAAGUUGUUGUCGGCAGCAUCGCUUCGCAAAAAAACGGCAUUACGUCUGACUAACAACGUUGCUGCGAGAGGAAUUGUGGGUAAUGGAGUUGGAACUGUUCUGUUUCAGAGCAGAGUUUUAAGUUCUCACAUAUUGGACCAGGUAGACUCUGAGGAGGCAGAGAAACCAGACUGGCCUAAACUCAGUCUCACAUACUGAUCAUAAGC